UUUUAAGUGUGGGUGGCUCUGAAAGAAGAGGCGUGAGCAGGUGGAAGCCGCUCCGUGUCGCUGCUGCUGCCCUUCAUAUGAAACACAAUCCCGGUGGGGAGGAAGAAACUCUGCCCAGCAAGCAGGCAGGCAAACAGGGCAAGGCAAGGAGAAAUUAACUUAAUUCAUAAGCGCCAAUUUUUGUUAGACAGCGAAGAAAAGAAGAGGCCAGCUCAUAGCAGAGGAGGGUGGAUUUACGCGUCUGUCUAUCUCUGAAGAGGAAGCGCACAAACAAGCGAAGAGAGGGGGAAAAAAAAAACUUGGUGAAAUGACCGGAGCUCUGUGACACUGAGCCUGACAACCCGGUGAAUCGAGUUUUUCUUUUCCCUUUUUUUUCUCCUCUCUCUCUCAAACAAGUGCUCUCAUUUUUUUUAGUCAGUGUCGCUCUCACAGCACCAAGAGUAGGAGGAGGACCGGGCUCACGGGAAAUGAACUCUUAGGAGAGCUCUAUAACAAUCAUCUGUGGACGUUGACUGCGAUUUUAAAAUACACAUUUUUAAUAAUAUAUAUAUAUUUUUUAAUUUAAAAAAAAAGGAGUUGUUUCUCAAGUCCGAGGCAAUGGGGGAGCAGCCGAUCUACACCACCAGGGCUCAUGUCUUCCAAAUCGACCCAACCACCAAGAAGAACUGGGUUCCUGCCAGCAAGCAGGCUGUCACUGUCUCCUAUUUUUAUGACAGCACACGCAACAGCUACCGCAUCAUCAGCGUGGAUGGAUCUAAGGUGAUCAUCAACAGCACCAUCACACCCAACAUGACGUUCACCAAGACAUCACAGAAGUUUGGCCAGUGGGCGGACAGCAGGGCCAACACUGUGUUCGGUUUGGGCUUCUCUUCAGAGCAGCAGCUCACUAAGUUUGCUGAGAAGUUCCAGGAGGUAAAAGAAGCAGCCAAGCUAGCGAGGGACAAAUCUCAAGAGAAAGUGGAGACAAUGAGUAAUCACUCCCAGGAGUCAGGACGUGAGACACCGUCAACCAACCAGGCGUCCAGCAUCAAUGGGACAGAUGAUGAGAAAAUCUCUCAUGUCGGUCCGGAGGCUGCACUGCUGCAGAACGAGAACGAACUCCUCAAGAGUGCAGUAGAGCAGAGCAACACCAACGCCAAGAAGUGGGAAACAGAGCUGCAGACUUUAAGAGAAAAUAAUGCCAGGCUGGUGGAUGCACUGCAGGAGUCCUCCGCUAAUGUAGAAAGCUGGAAGAAACAACUUAGUGCCUGCAAGGAGGAGAGUGACGCGCUCAGGGAAAAGAUCGCAGAACUAGAAGCCCAGUGUAAUGAAGCCAAUCAGGAGAAGCAGAAAAACGCCCAGUUGAGUGCACGAGUGCAGGAGCUGGAGACCGAGCUACAAGAGAAAGAGCAGGAACUGGAGAACCUGAGGAAGCAGGCGGAGAUAAUCCCUCAGCUCAUGGCAGAGUGUGAGACCAUCACCGCCAAACUGCAGGCUGCAGAGACGACAAACAAGGAACUGGAGGGGAGGAUAGAGGGUCUUCAGCUGGACAUGGAGGAGAGUCAACAGAAGCAGGGCAACAUGAAGGGCGAGCUGAAGAAGUUCAUGGAUAUUCUUGAUGGAAAGAUAGACGAGCUGCAUGAGUUCAGGCAGGGGCUCUCCAAGCUAGGUGUUGAUAACUGAGAAAAAAAAGUGGCACUGUGCCGAGAGGGUCGGAGGUCAGGUACGAAGGAUUCACUACAGUAUGUCUUCAGGGCAGAAACUAUGUGGCACCUACUCCCCCAAAGUGAUGUCCACUCAGAAACAAUUAGCUUUGGCUACUAAUAAACACUACCAUGUGAGAAAGAAAUGUUUUUGGAGAGAGAGAGAGAGAGAGAGAGAGAGAGAAAGAGAGAGAGAGAGAGAGCGACACUGGCACACUAAAAGGAGGGCCAGCAUGCUCCAACAAAUGGCUCCAUUUUGUGCGCUGGCAUUCUGAAACUAAAUCAAGAGUCACACUUUGAGCUUACUUUUCUGUUUCUGUGGGGGGAAACGGUUUUAAAAAGCUGGUGGUGGGUUCUUAGAUUCUGUCCAUCUGUCUUUUUUUCUCAAGGCUGCAGCAGAGUAGAAGAGAGGACUUAAAAGGGCUAAAACGAAUAACACACAAAGACAAUGCUGUUCAGCAUCACUCAAGUAAUAAUUGGUGUUAAUCCUUGUGGCCCCUUCAGAGAACUAGAGAUGAAAUAUUUCUAUAGACUGUCCUCGCUGUUGCCUCUUGUCUAUCUCAGGUGUGUUAGGAGACCGUUUGUACUCAUUCAAUUAUAUGCACAUAUAUGACACACGGCCGUGACACAAAGUGCCUCCAGGUGAGUCUAAUUCUACCUGGAAAGGAGAAGUGGCCAAGUGAUGACCGUCACCAUAAUAAUAACUUGAAGCUUUUUUUUUUUUUUUGUGAGAAAACCUGAUGGAAAAAAUGAUCACGUUGAAAAACACAAUCAUCCUUUUUUAAUAAAUUGAUAUGUAAAAGAAAACCCAGGCAGGCGAGCCCGUCUUGAGAAUGUUAAUGUUGUUAAUGGAUGUUAAUGCAGUGAGAAACACAAAGGAGGAAACAGGUGUUUGCACAAAAACUACUGAGGAAGGACCGGAGCAGAAAUCCAUCAGCUCUCUUGUGGGUGUUUUCACUAAACAGUCCUUUUGAUAAUUUUCGCAUAAAGAAGGAAAACCUUCUCAUCUCAGGAGCUUUCCUUCAGAAACAUAGUCAUCCAAAAAUAAUAAUAGGAACCCCAUUUUGCCAUGACUGUAGUGUAGUGUUUAAAUGACUUGUGUGUGCAAUAGUAUUUUGUCCAUUUGUAGAACAAAGACGUCUGUCUCUCCAAGGCUGUUGAUGUGCUUCCUACACACUCGUUUUUGUUAUGGUGGUGGUUAUUUUUGGGUGAGGGGACUUGGUGCUGUUCGCUGGGUGACUAAAUGUGAAAGUGUACUUCACUGAAAAUGGUUAGCUGGCAUGGACCUUUUUCACUACAAUCCUGUCAGAUUCUUGGUUUUUGGUUUUACAUAUUUAUUUAUUUUGGUGCCUCUCUGCCACUAGUGUUUCUAGAACAAACCAAGUAAAUCAACAUCGAGCCUCCACAGAUGUACAAUAACAUAUUAAAUAUACCAAAAUGUCUGGCUUCAUAAGUUUAAUCAUGGAGGACAUUUUUACGGGAUGAUGGUGUUCAAAGCUGCUUUUUACAGCAGUGUGCUGUUUUGAAACAUUUAAAAUCACAGGAACAUGUUGUGGUGACAUAUUUACUGGAUAAUACUGAUGAUGUUAUGAGUCUUCAUUUUUCAUCACUGUUCUGAUCUUGAGAUUGAGGUCAUGAGAUUGAGCUGUCUAUGAAGGGACUUUUGCUUAUUAUCUCUCUUUUGAGCCCUACUGUUCAUAAGUCACCUGAACCUGCAUAACACAAAGUAUGAUCCUUCCUUUUGAACCAAUGCCUCUUGUAAACUUUUGUGACUUCUGUUCAAUAUUGUACAAUAGAACUGACAAUUGUUAAAAUUUAGUUUAAUUACAA